AUGGUGCGGAGGUGGCUGUACGCAGCAGGAGAGCUGGGGCCUGGGCAAGGACUCUCUCUGUCCAGCAUGCCCAAGAUGCCGCAGCUGAGCGCCCGGCACCUCCGGGGUCGGGAGGAGCUGCACUUGGCGCAUCUGGUGCUCAGCUUCAUCACCAUGGGCUACCUCUGGCAGGAGGGCGAGGAGGGCGCCGUGAAGGUCCUGCCCCGAAAUCUCGCCGUCCCCUUCUGGGAGGUCUCGCAGGCCCUCGGGCUCCCACCCAUCCUCAGCCACGCGGACUUUGUGUUGGCCAACUGGAGGAGGAGGAACCCCAACGGGCCUCUGGAAAUUGAGAACCUGGACACCAUCAUCUCACUGCCUGGGGGAGAGAGCCUGCGAGGCUUCAUCCUCGUCACCCUCCUGGUUGAGAAGGCGGCGGUGCCUGGGAUUAAGGCAACCGUCCAGGCUGUCCGUGCCAUCCUGCAGCUCGAUGAGGAGACCCUGCACAGAGCCCUGCGGGAGCUGGCGGAGGCCAUCGGGGACAUGAGCAAGGCUUUGAAACGGAUGCACGACUAUGUGGACCCAGCAGUAUUUUACUCUGUGAUCCGGAUCUUUCUCUCCGGCUGGAAGGACAACCCGGCCAUGCCGGACGGGCUGAUAUACGAAGGUGUGUCUGCGGAGCCCAUGGCGUACUCGGGAGGCAGCGCGGCGCAGAGCACCGUCCUUCACGCCUUUGAUGAGCUCCUGGGGAUUCGCCACAGCGAGGAGAGCACCCCCUUCCUGCAGAGGAUGAGGGCCUACAUGCCCCCGCCCCACCGAGCCUUUGUGGAGGCGAUCCGCCGCGCCCCCUCCCUCAAGCAGCACGGGCUCGCCUCCGGAGACGCGCGGCUCCGCGCGGCGUUCAACCAGUGCGUCUCUGCGCUGGCAGACUUCAGGUCCUACCACAUCACCAUCGUCACCAAGUACAUCACCGUCGCGGUGGCCAAAGCCAGGGCUGGGCGGGCAGAGCCGGGGGACAGGGCUGGCCCCUUGGCAGGGAAGCCUCCGUCGGCGCUGGAGGCCAAAGGGACCGGAGUCCGGUCUAAGAGUCGGACGCUUGCUGGCCCGGCGUUUCCCAAUUACUCCUUCCCGUACACGACCGACGGCCUCGGCCGCUGA